UAUUAUUUAACAGGAAAUCCAGUUGUGAUCUUACAUGCCGUUUUUCAAGAACAUUGAGACUGAUGCAAUGCCUUAGCUCAUCAAGAUAUAGUCGUCUGACUCUGAGCAGAUCUCAAUAGGAGAAAAGGGAAGCCAAAGACAGAAGAAAAAUUUUAUGCAUAUGGUGCAGGUCUGCUGCUGAAAAAUCGAGGCGGUCAGGAUUGAGCUAGCAGAGAUUGGAAGGAGCUUGAGGUCGUCGUUCCGGCAGAGUGCAUCGUUCUUUCGUAGCAAUUCGGCUUUAAGUUCAUCGGCUAGGACUAAUGAUCUUGAUGACGAGGUUAUCUCACAGUGGGCUGCAGUCGAGAGGCUGCCGACUUACAACAGGCUGAGAUCUUCGUUGUUCGAUGAAAAUGGUGGGAAUGAAGGGAAGAAGGUGGUUGAUGUUACUAAGCUUGGUGGCCCUGAGAAGCAUAUGUUCAUAGAGAGGCUAAUUAGACAUAUUGAACAUGACAACUUGAAGCUGUUGCAUAAAAUGAGGAGAAGAAUUGAUAAAGUUGGUGUAAAGCUUCCCACGAUUGAGGUCAGAUACGCCAAUCUGCGUGUAGAAGCUGAGUGUCAGGUCGUCGAAGGGAAGCCCCUUCCGACUCUCUGGAAUACUCUGAAAAGCAUGCUUUCGACCGUCACCCGGCUGCCUGGUUUACCAUCACAAGAUGCCCACAUCCACAUCAUUAAGGACGUUAGUGGUGUCAUUAGGCCUGGAAGAAUUACCCUAUUACUUGGUCCUCCAGGGUGUGGGAAGACUACACUGUUGAAAGCUCUAUCAGGGAACUUGGACAAAUCACUCAAGGUUACUGGUGAGAUUUCAUACAAUGGAUAUAAACUGGAGGAGUUUGUAGCACAGAAAACUUCGGCUUACAUCAGCCAACAUGAUGUGCACAUCCCGGAAAUGACUGUCAGGGAAACGCUCGAUUUUUCAGCUCAUUGUCAGGGAAUUGGUAGCAGAGCAGAUAUUAUGGCCGAGGUUAGCAGACGGGAGAAAGAAGCCAAAAUCGUCCCUGAUCCUGAUGUUGAUACUUACAUGAAGGCAAUUUCUGUGGAAGGACAAAAGACAACGCUUCAGACAGACUACAUAUUGAAGAUUCUUGGCCUUGAUAUCUGUGCCGACACAAUCUUUGGCGAUGCAAUGAGAAGAGGCAUCUCAGGAGGCCAGAAGAAGAGACUGACAACAGCCGAGAUGCUUGUUGGGCCGACAAAAGCUUUCUUUAUGGAUGAAAUCUCAAAUGGCCUCGACAGCUCGACCACGUAUCAGAUUAUUUCUUGCCUUCAACAACUAGCCCACAUCACAGAUGCUACAAUACUCGUUUCACUUCUCCAGCCAGCACCAGAAACGUUUGAUCUCUUUGACGACAUUAUGUUGAUGGGAGAAGGUAAAAUAGUCUAUCAUGGACCACGAAGCGAUGUUUUAGAAUUUUUCAGUAGCUGCGGAUUUAAGUGCCCUGAAAGGAAAGGAGUGGCUGAUUUUCUCCAGGAGGUUAUCUCUAGAAAAGAUCAAGAACAGUACUGGCAUGACACUCAGAAAUCCUAUCGUUACGUCUCUCUAGAUACAUUUGCAAGGAAAUUUACGGAGUCUCCUCAAGGGAAGAAGCUCUCUGAGGACCUCUCGUCGCCAUUUGAUAAGUCCAUGAGCCACAAGAGUGCCAUUUGUUUCAGCAAGUAUUCUCUUCCUAAGUGGACUCUAUUUAAGGCCUGUAUGUCAAGAGAAAAUCUUCUCAUGAAGAGGAAUUCUUUCAUUUAUGUAUUCAAAGCCUUUCAGGUUCUCUUCAUUGCAUUUGUUGCUAUGACAGUGUUCUUGAGGACGCAGAUGCACGUUGAUCUUAUCCACGCCAAUAAUUACAUGGGAGCUCUGUUUUACACUCUCGUCAUUCUUCUAAUAGAUGGAAUACCCGAACUCUCAAUGACAGUUGCAAGACUUGAAGUUUUCUACAAACAGAGAGACUUGUUCUUCUAUCCAGCCUGGGCAUUUGCUAUCCCGAAUGCCAUUAUCAAGAUUCCUCUCUCAUUGUUGGCGGCCGUGGUGUGGACGUCCGUCACUUAUUACACUAUUGGGUACAGCCCGGAGGCUGGAAGGUUUUUCCGGCAAAUGCUGUUGGUAUUUUUUGUGCAUUUGGCUUCGAUAUCUUUGUUUCGUUUCUUGGCAUCUGUCUUCCGAGGCCUGGUUGCAUCUGCAACAGCCGGUAGUGUGGCAUUAUUGUUUGCAUUGUUGUUCAGUGGCUUCAUGAUCCCGAGACCAUCGAUGCCCGCUUGGUUAAAAUGGGCAUUUUGGGUUUCUCCGCUGUCGUAUGGGGAGAUAGGAUUUGCAGUGAAUGAAUUCCUCGCUCCAAGAUGGCAAAAGGAGCUGCCUGGAAAUACAACUAUAGGACAUCAAACACUUGAAAACCGCGGUCUAGACUUUGCUGGAGAAUACUUCUGGAUAUCAAUUGGAGCCUUGUUCGGAAUAACAAUGCUUCUGAAUGUUGGAUUUGCAUUGGCCUUAACUUUCUCGAAACCUCCUGGUUCUCGCGUUAUUAUUUCAAGCGAAAAGCUCUCCCAACUACAAGGAAGUAAAGAGCAGGACGAUGAAGCUCAGAAGACAGAAGAACAAACCUCGAAGGUUUCUCCUCCUAAUACCACUUCAAAAUCUAAUACAGACAAAAUGGUCUUACCCUUUGAACCACUAAGCAUUGUGUUUCAAGAGGUGCAAUAUUACGUUGAAACCCCCGCGGCGAUGAAAGAGCGCGGUUUCACACAGGACAGGCUUCAGCUUCUAUGUGAUAUCACCGGUGCGUUCAGGCCCGGUGUGCUCACAGCACUAAUGGGCGUAAGCGGAGCAGGGAAAACAACUCUUCUUGAUGUACUUUCCGGUAGAAAGACCAGUGGAAUUGUCGAAGGAGAAAUCAGAAUUGGAGGCUACCCUAAAGUUCAAAGCACGUUUGCUCGCAUUUCAGGUUACUGUGAACAAACUGACAUACAUUCACCUCAAAUAACAGUUGAGGAAUCGGUCAUCUUUUCUGCUUGGCUACGUCUUCAUCCACAUAUCGAUACAAAGACGAAAUACGAGUUUGUAAAAGAAGUUCUUGAAACAAUUGAGCUUGAUGGAAUAAAAGAUGCAUUAGUGGGCUUGCCUGGUGUCAGUGGCCUAUCGACUGAGCAACGCAAACGUCUCACGAUAGCUGUGGAGCUUGUUGCUAACCCGUCAAUUAUCUUUAUGGACGAGCCGACAACUGGGCUGGAUGCCAGAGCAGCUGCAAUCGUUAUGCGAGCAGUAAAGAAUGUGGCGAAUACUGGGAGAACCAUUGUUUGCACCAUACAUCAACCGAGUAUCGACAUAUUUGAAGCAUUUGAUGAGUUAGUACUCCUGAAAGCUGGCGGCCGCAUGAUCUACUGCGGACCAUUAGGGCGGUACUCCUCUAAAGUGAUAGAAUAUUUUGAGAGCAUCUCCGGUGUGCCAAGAAUCAAAGAUAACUAUAAUCCAGCUACAUGGAUGUUGGAGGUCAGUUCCACUUCUUCAGAAGCUGAACUUGGCAUAGACUUUGCCGAGAUUUACAAGAAUUCAGCCCUGCACGAGAGCAACAAGGAACUGGUGAGAAAGCUGAGCAAACCAGCUCCUGGUUCAAAAGAUCUGCAUUUCCCUACCCGCUACUCGCAAAAUGGUUGGGUUCAGUUCAAAACCUGCCUUUGGAAGCAGCACUGGUCUUACUGGAGAAGUCCUUCAUACAACUUGAUGCGAUCACUUCAUAUGCUCUUCGCCUCUUUACUCUACGGCCUCCUUUUCUGGGGUCAAGCGAAGAAAAUACAUAAUCAGCAGAGUCUGUUCACUCUGCUUGGUUCGAUGUAUAGUUCAACGCUCUUCUGUGGCAUAAACAACGCCUCGUCAAUUCUUGCGUAUGUCAACAUAGAGCGAACUGUUUUCUAUAGAGAAAAGUUUUCUGGAAUGUAUGCUCCGUGGGCUUAUUCAACUGCUCAGGUGAUAGUAGAGAUCCCAUAUCUCUUGGCACAAACACUUGCCUUCACAGUCAUCACAUAUCCGAUGAUCGGAUAUGAAUGGUCAGCGCCUAAAGUGUUUUGGUACUUCUAUACUAUGCUAUGUACGCUGCUAUACUUCACUUAUCUCGGGAUGAUGUUGAUCGCCAUAACCCCAAGCUUCAUGAUAGCUGCCAUUUCACAGUCUGGCGUUUACACACUGCUCAAUCUGUUUUCUGGAUUCUUGAUUCCUAGUAAGCAAAUUCCCAAGUGGUGGGUCUGGUUUUACUAUGUGAUGCCGACUUCUUGGUCGCUAAAUGCCAUGCUCACUUCACAGUUUGGAGACGUAGGAAAGCAAAUUGUAGUGUUUGGACAGACCAAAACAGUGUCGGCCUUUCUGAACGACUAUUUUGGAUAUCGGCAUGAUAGGUUACCUCUUGUUGCUGUAAUGUUGAUUAUGUUCCCUAUUCUCUUUGCUUCUAUCUUUACAUUUUGCAUUAGCAAAUUGAACUUUCAAAAGAGGUAGAGAUUGUAGCAAAAUGUGUGUCACCAACUUAUUUUGCAUUCAGAUUUGAUUUGAUCCGUUGUAUACAUUUAUUUCAUCUUCUGCUGUAGAGUGAAAAGCUCUCUUAAACAGUAAUGCUAAUUAUUGGGCGAAUGUUGGUCAACUUAUUAUAUCUUACACGCAGCAGCUAAAGAGAUGACUUACACAAGUACAAAAUAGACAAGCAUAAUGAUUUCUUGCAUGGUGAAUACUGGUUGCAUAUAUAUCUCAUUUUAAGGAAGGUCAAAUACAAACAUUAAGGAAGGCUACAAA